AUUUUUUCUCAAGAUCUGCCAUUGUUCCCAUUGUACAAGAGCAAUUCACACCAAAUCUUGCAAUGGCAGCUAUCUCUAGAGUGAGCAUCACAACCACUCCAAAAAACUUCUCCAAAACAACAGAUCCAUCAACAUCUCACCUCAUCAAACUCUCAAUCCCAACCACCCCAUGGAGGAGACUCGCCACCGGCCGGAUGUACAUCCGGCCAGCAGCAGCUGUACCCGAGAAGCUGUCCGGGAAGGUGGAGGAGAGCAUCAAGAAUGCACAGGAGGCCUGCUCAGAGGACCCCGUCAGCGGCGAAUGCAAGGCCGCGUGGGACGAGGUGGAGGAGCUGAGCGCGGCGGUCAGCCAUGCUAGAGACAAGCUGAGGGACGCUGAUCCAUUGGAGAAAUUUUGCAAGGAUAAUCCAGAGACAGACGAGUGCAGAAGUUAUGAUGACUAGCUUGUGUUUCUUGAUCUCAAACCUGUGCUUCAAUAGCUGUUGUAAGGCUUCAGUUAAUGCCCUUCAACUAAUGUAUGAAACAAAGAUCAAGAUUUGGGAUGUGUGAAAUGAAACUAAGUUAUUUACCACA